AUGAAGUUUUCUUUGAGUUCUUUCAAGAACAAAUCAUCCUCAUCUAGUGAUGCAUCUUCGAGCGAUCCAAGUGAUAAUAGUGUUCCUCAAGCGCCACCAUCCAGGAAACUGAGUGAGCGUUUAAGUUUUCCAUCGACAAGCGAAAUCGGGUCCCAAAUAAAGAGCAGAAGGAAAAGUUCACAUCACAAAAUUGACCUCGAUUUUAUGAAGAUCCCACCAAAGGCAUUAGAGGCCCUAAAACCCUUAACUGCCUUACUAGCAAGCCAAGAGACCAAGAGAUAUUUUUACUGGUCAUAUGAUCCCCAAUAUGACGAUAUGUGGACCGUAACCACAGCUGAUUCAACUGAGAAAGUUUCUAUAAUUGAAAUAAAAGGUACAUCUUUCACAAUUGAGACACAAGAAACGUCCAGAGUACUAGACGUUGAUCUUACAGGGGGAGUUAUCUUGAGAGUCGAAUCUGAUGAAACAGGCAGCCAGUUAUUCUUUAAUGAUGGUGAAGUCACUUUGAGCAACCGUUCAAUUCACAACGUGAAUAUUUUAUAUAGAACUGCAUUAUUGGCUAUCUUUGAAAGGUUUUCUAUUCUCAAAGCUCUCACAGGUGCUCUUAUUGCACAAAUCGGUCUAAGAAUGUCAGAUAUAAAUUUGAUUUUAAAUUCUCACUUCAGCUUUAAGGACUGGUGUGAUGUUUACCUUGAGGAACAAGGUGGUUGGGUACGUCUCUGGUGUCAUGUUGAUGGCGUUGAAAAAAAAGGCAAGCCACCUUCUCAAAACCAAUCAAAUGGCACUGAAAAGAAGAAAAGUAGUUUGAAUGUAUUCGGUAAGAACAACAACAGUGAUCAAGCAGGUACUGCAACAAAAUCAUCUAAGAAGGGUGGGUACAAGAUUAAGUUUUAUAAGGAUAAUAAGUCAUUGAAUUCAAAGAAUAUGGUUUGUUUCAUUUCCUCUGAAUCGAAUGAAAUUCAAGACCUCUUCUUUUAUGGAACAAAUGAAAAUGAUGCAUUGAAUAGAAAUGACUAUGGUGAAUCCUUCCUAGAUAGCAAUUUAAACAUGAUUAAAAUAAUAGGUGAAGUGAGCUUUUCUAAUACUGCCAACUCUCCAUACCAGGAACCAAAUGCCACUUUUUCUAAGAGUGGUAGUUCCGGGUUCUUGAACGGACAAUUAAGACAAUUGUCUAGAUCAAGCCGUAAUAUGAGUGUAAGCAGUGAGGCCAGCUCAAAUGAAGAUUCUCAAUUAACCUCACCAAAGAUGAGAACUGGUUUUUUCACCUCUCCGAAGUUGGGAGGAAACACAAGCCCUGUUGUAGGCAAACACCAGAGAACAGCAUCCACUGCUUCCAAGAAGUCGAGUAAAUCUCUGCCACAAAAUUUCGCAAUCAAAAAGAGAUCCUUACUUAUUAGACCAGUCGAGCAUGAAGGUGUUAAACAAUUAGAGACGUUGAUUCGUUUCAUUGUACCAUUGAUGAACUGCCUAGGUAUGUAUGGUCGUCCUCACCAUUUCUCUACCGAUAAGGCUGAUCCAAACUCUUUGAUGUACGGCCUCCCAAGACUUCCAAUUAUAGAUUAUUUUGCGAGAAAGGAAACCAGACAACUGUUACAACAAGGACCACAAGAUCAAUCUUUGAUGUUAGAAUCCGAAACCUCAGCCGUGGCUAUGAAAUGGUUAACUCAAGAGUUAAAGAAUUUCUCAAAGCAAAAUUCUAACAGGGAAAAUACUUUGACAUUUACGAAGAUCACCGAUAUUUAUCCAACAAUCACUACGCAAUCCAAGACUCAGUCACAAAGCCAGAUUGAUGCCAAUGCUCCCGUCGAGGAACAGGCCAUGCAACAGAACUUGCCUAGUGAGCCUGAGAAUGGCCAAUAUGAACAUUUCCAGGACACGUCUGAAUUCCAACCUGCCAAUAACUUACCUACAAAUGGCAUGUCUUAUGAUAACAAUUACGUGCAAGAUCAAUACGUUCAGGAUCAAAUGGUCCAGGAUCAUAUGCAAGCAGAAGCAGAGCAAAUGCAGGCAGGUAUUGAUAUGGGACUCGACUUUGAUAUGGCAAUGAUCACUGAAAGCAUCAGAAACACUAACGUUGAGGACUACAAAUAA